GUACCACGUACUAGUAUACGAUCGAAUGCUGUUCUUCGUUUCGCACGAAAAGAAGUGUAGUUGGAACAUUUUGUGAAAAAUGUAAUAAAAUAUUGAAUCUAUUGGUUAUUUGAAACCAUAUUGGUGCUAUUAAGUGUAGAAAAAUAUGAAUCAGCUCUUCCGAAGACAUGUGAUUAGCAUAAAAAAAUAACGAUUUCAGUCAAUCUGAAUGUUAUCCUGAGUAGAUCAAUGAUAUCAUCGACUUUUAAUCCUGAAAUCUAGAGUGGUCUUUAACAGUGGAAAAUAAAACAAAAAGUGCAUCAUGCCGAGAAAACUGUUGAAGUUUCUUAUCCUUUUUGAUAAUUCAUCACUGCUGUAUUUCCCUGGUCAAUUCCUAUCCGGAAGGGUUUUACUUGAGCUGCAAGAGAAUACACCCGUACUAGGAUUGCACUUCCACGUCGUUGGAGAAUGCGUAGUACGCGUUAGAUCAGGACGUCAUGAACGUUCCUAUGAUAAAGAGAACUACAUUGACUUUAGGAUGCGAUUGCUAGGUGACGCAGAACAUCAAGGUCCAACUGUGCUGUCCCCUGGAAUUCACAGUUUUCCGUUCAAACUUGGCCUGCCGGUUGAUCUACCAUCCACGUUUUUAGGUCGCUAUGGAUGGGUACAGUAUUAUUGCAAAGCUGCUCUGCGUGAACCGUCAGGGUUAAUCCAUAAGAACCACCAGGUCUUCAUCGUCAUGAAUCCAAUAGACUUAAACACGGAACAACCAUAUUUGGCGGAUCCAUUCAAAUGCAAUAUUGAGCAUAAUUUAGGGGUUGCAUGUGUUGGAGGAGGCAUUGUAAAAUGUAGAAUUAUUCUGGACAGAGGGGGAUAUGUCCCUGGUGAAUCGAUUAUGAUUACGGCGACAGUUACAAAUUCUAGUGGCGUUACAAUAAAGAGUACCAAGGCCGCGUUAACUGAGACCAUUCAAUAUUUUGCUCAUGAAAAAUUGAUUCAAACGGAAAAACGCGAACUAGCGGUUAUUUCACGAGGAAAAAUUCGCCCGGGAGGUCGGGAUGAAUGGCAAAAUGAAUCUCUUUAUGUGCCACCCCUUCCACCAACCAAUCUACGAGGAUGCCAUCUGAUUCGGAUACAAUAUGAUGUUUGUUUUUUGAUUGAACCAAAAUCGUUAGAGAAGCAGGUGAAACUACAGCUACCCAUUACACUUGGAACAUAUCCCUUCAAAACCGGCGAUGGAGAAGACACGAACGAGUGGGCCGAGACGGUCUACAAACCGGAAACGCACUAUCCCUCAACGUUGCCCAUUUUCAGACCAUGGCUACACGAGAAACCCGAUUCCAAAUGAUGAAUCGACGAGCAAGUCGUGCAAUCAUGACAACUUGUUAGGUGAUAUUUUACAAUUAGUAAACUGCAUUUUAUAGAAUAGACAAGUACGAAGAAACGGCAGAACGGUACAGAAAAGUGCCAUAAGAGUGUAAACUUAAAAUCGUAGAAUGGUGUAUUUUAAAUAACAAAUUGAAUAUUAAUAAUAAAUCAUACAACAAUGGAAUUUACAAA